CAGCUCAAAGAACACACUUUUAUGCGCGAGAGUUCCACGGCAAUAAAUGAAUCCGCAUACAAAGGUUCAGAUCGGCGGUAUCUACCAAAAGAAAACCCACGAAAAGCAUCAAAAGGUACUGCAGAGUUCCCAACUAAUAAAUAAAAAAGAAUAAAUAGAUAAAAAGGGUUGGAACAACCGCUGGAGAAUGCAGCGGAACCAGCACUGGAGGCGGCGGUUCUCGUCAGAUUCCGACGUGGACUUCGGAGAAGACGAGGAUGAGGAGGAGGAGGACGGGGAGGAGGGAUCGUCUGCGGCGCGGCGGAUGAGGAUGAAGUGCCUGUCGUGCAAGGAGGAGUACGUCGACCUCCGUGCCGGCACCUGCCGCGAGUGCUACGAAGAGGCGGGGGAGACGGAGGAGGAACUCAAGCGGGAGAUCGAUGACCUCAAGUCAAAGGUCAACUUUCUUCGCCUGCUUUGUACUGGACCGAAUUUCGUGACCAGGCCCAAUACCUCGUGCUUCUCCGACGUCGUUUUGGUCGCCUCUGGUCCGCCGGAUUCAGCUAAUUUGCAGUGCAACUCGCCUUCCAUCCCGGCCCAUCGGGCUGUACUGACAAGUCGAUCCCCGGUUUUCAGGGCCAUGCUCGAAAAUGAAAUGGAGGAAAGCCUGACUGGAACCAUCAAGAUCAGUGAUGUAUCAUACGAUGCCCUUCGAGCAUUUGUGAACUAUUUAUACACGGCUGAAGCCUGCCUUGAUGAGCAUAUGGCCUGUGACCUGUUGGUAUUGGCUGAGAAAUACCAAGUGAAGCAUCUCAAGACUUAUUGUGAGAAGUAUCUGAUGUCUAGACUGAACUGGGAAAAUUCGCUACCUUACUAUGCUUUUGCUCACCAGCAUGGCGCUAAGAGUUUGCUGGAUGCAGCCUUGUCGCUGAUCAUGGACAACAUGGACAAGCUGAGUAAACGAGAAGAGUAUAUGGAACUUGUUGAGAAGGAUCCGCGUGUGGUGGUAGAAAUUUAUGAGGCUUAUCUCUCAAAACAAGUGAACACUGCUGCGAGUAAAGAUCCAAAUAAGACGGCCUAGGCUGAGGAAAAUGUUGCUUUUUGGAGAAGGAUGGAACUUUAUACGCGUGUUUCCUGUUUUAAUGUGGUGAGCGUUGAUGUAAAUGGAUUGUUUUGUAGACAGUUCUUUUUAAGGAGAUGUUUCCAGGGAAAGAUGCUGAAGCAUCUUCUGUGGCUCUAAAUUGCUGUUUUGCUGUUGAAAUGAAUCACAGGCAUAAAACAUGUCGAACUGACACUUUUGUA